CCGACUUUUACCUCCUCUCCUUCCAUCCCUCUCGCUGUCGACAACCUAUCGCGUACCGUCGCGCCCAUCGCCCAUCAUGUGUACGUUGCCCUCGCUGCUCUCGCUUGCUGUGAUUUCGCUUUCUAUGGAUUUGUCGGGGGGAAUUUUGGGCUCGAGUUGGAAUUAUGAAUGGGGAUAUGGAUGGGGAUAUUGAUAUCGAAAGUGGAAGGGAAGCUAACGGACUGAAAUGACAGCGCUCGUGCCCGACGAGAAGACGAACUUCCAGUACAUCUUGCGUCUGCUCAACACCAAUGUUGACGGCAAGCAGAAGAUCAUGAUCGCCUUGACCCAGAUCAAGGGUGUUGGUCGCCGUUACUCCAACUUGGUCUGCAAGAAGGCCGAUGUUGACCUCAGCAAGCGCGCUGGUGAACUCACCACUGAAGAACUCGAGCGUGUGGUCACCAUCCUCCAGAACCCCACCCAGUACAAGAUCCCCACAUGGUUCCUGAACAGACAGCGCGACAUCGCCGACGGCAAGGACUCCCAGGUCGUCUCCAACUCCCUCGACAGCAAGGUCCGUGAGGAUCUCGAGCGUCUCAAGCGUAUCCGCUCCCACCGUGGUCUGCGUCACUACUGGGGUCUGCGUGUGCGUGGUCAGCACACCAAGACUACCGGUCGCCGUGGCCGUACCGUCGGUGUCAGCAAGAAGAAGGGCUAAAUUAUCUCGCUUUAUUCUUUUUUUGUGUACGACAUUCGAGAGGGUCAUAUCAAAACAAUUCAAUUUUUUCAAUAUCAAGUUCCUUUUCGUGAUUUUGUCACUCGUCGGUGUUAUUUGAUGGGCUACAGUACUGUGUACGUUGGUAUCGACGGCUUUCAUGGGGACUGGGACGGACUGGGAUCUGUAGAAUGGAUCAAUGGCCUGGUCAAAAAGCGAAAAGCAUACAUUUAUGAAUGAAGAUUUUCAAAUACGCUUCCUUUGCUUGUCUAUUUUCUUGUUCUACGGUAUGGACACUGCAGUAUGUAUAUAUACAUUGCAGAUGGUCUUGUGUCCGG